AUGGCUUACCACUAUGAUGAAAAGGCCAGGAGAGCCAUUCCCUGUCAAAAUUCAGCAUCCUUGGCAGAAUUUACUCUAAGCGGUGAUGGUGGGAAAGAUUAUUAUGAUAUAAGCCUUGUUGAUGGCUUUAACAUCCCAAUUUCGGUAACCCCGCAAGGAGGUUCUCCUGGCUGCAGUUCUACAAGCUGUGCAGCUAACGUGAAUGCUGUUUGUGAUCCUCGUUUAGCAGUGAGGGGGCCAGAUGGGACUGUGAUUGCCUGCAAGAGCGCGUGUUUGGCAUUUAACCAGCCGCAGUUCUGCUGCACAGGAGAGUACAGUACACCUGACAAAUGUCCUCCUAACCAUUAUUCGAUGAUCUUCAAGAAGCAGUGUCCUCAAGCUUAUAGUUAUGCUUAUGAUGAUAAAUCCAGCACGUUUACUUGUCCUAGCGGAGGCAACUAUUUGACUACCUUUUGUCCAUGA